UUUCAAAGUUUAUGGAGAAAUUAAAAAGCAAGCGUACAAAAAUAACUCACCGUCUAGACUCGAUUGCAGAGUCUGAUGACCCUCCUGAUUUCUCAAAGAUGGGUGAUUUGUUCCAGACAAGACCUCACUACUCUAGAAAACAUAUCUCUCAAGAUCAAGGAGACCUUCAGGACAUUGAGAAUUUUAUAAUGGAGAUGCAAGUUAAAUCCUUUAAGAAUAAGUUCUUUCAGCGAAUCAAGUUCUUUUGCCUUGUGUUUUCUGCAGCCCUGAUCAUCAUGGGGAUUUCAAUACAUGUUUAUAUGGAGGAUAAUUCGAGCUCAGAGAUUGGAAGAAACAGAUGUAUCGCUACAGGCAUCCUACUAAUAGUUUGAGUCGGGAUACUAGAAUAUUAUCCUGAAAGACAUGGCAUUAUUGCUCCUGCUUUCUUGGCAAUGACUUUUAUAUCCCUUAGUGAUAUUUAUGCUAGCUCAGAUAGAUAUGUGAUGCAUGAAUAUGCACUUCCAUGUAUCGGGUAUGGGUACUUAAUUAUGGUGCUAAUUCCAAGUACAUGGCAAGCAAACUUAAUAGCAUGGAUUGUUGGAAUAUCAUAUAAUCUCACCAAGGUCGUAGAGAAGCAAGAAGAGAUUCCAACUACUUUUUGGAUUGCUAUAUUGCCAGCAAUGUUUUAUUACAUUGCAACUUCAUAUCUUCUCAGUGGAAAGCUAAAAGAGUUGUACGAAUACCUUAGAAAUAACGAAGUCCUGAGAAACGAAAUGACGAAUAUUUUAGAAAUGUUUCCUAAUGCGGUAAUGAUUAAUCCCUGCAAACCUGACGAAAACGAGACAAAACAGCCGUUCACGAAUCAUGAGUUUGAUGAGAAGAUUACAAUUAUUAAGCAUAAAUUAGAUGAGCUUAGAGAUAUAAAGCUCUCGUUUCUCCAAACCAAGGGAGAACAAGAAAGUUUUGUAAAGUGAGACCUUGAGACCUACCUAUUGGAAAUUCAUAAGAGACUGAGAAAUAGAGAUAUUUUCGAACAAAACAAGGUGAAUAUAAUCUCUGAUGGUCCUGACGAGGAUGAAGAUUAUAAUGCAUAUACAGUGAAGUGCAUCAAGGUUGAAUGGGGUGGAAGACCUUGCUUUAUGAACGUGUUUAUAAAUAACACUGAUAUAAUCAAGCUCGAGCAAGCAACCAAUAGCAUUAAAUGUCAAAAAAUAAUGUUUGCUAGUGCAAGUCAUGAGUUUAGAACUCCUUUAAAUGCUAUUAUGAAUUCAUAUGGAUUUUUGAAGGAAAAAUAACAACCAAGUCCUUGAAGAGAUCUCAAAGUUAGAGAAUGUAGACAAUCGGUUCUUGAUCUCUAUGGAUAGGCAUUCCGCCCAAAUCCAGAAAUUUUUGAAAAUGGGAUCAACCAGCUCAACUCUUUUGUUAUCCCUAAUUGAGGAUAUUUUAGACCUGUCCAAGAUGGAGGCAGGCACAUUUAGUAUUAGCAUGUGUGAUUUUAAACCAACUGAACUAAUGGAAGAAGUACACGAAAUCUUCACUUUGCAGAGUAAACAGAGAGGAAUACAGUUAAUAUCACAAAUUGAUAAGAUAUUUAAGGACAAGAUCAUCCGAAGUGAUAAAGGCCGAAUCAAGCAGGUUCUUCUCAAUCUGAUAUCGAACAGCCUGAAAUUUACAUUCAAAGGGAGUAUUACAGUAUGUGCUAAGGCCAAGAAGACUCGGAAUGGGAAUUAUAUCCAAUUCUCGGUAACCGAUACAGGUGUUGGUAUUAAAUAAAGAAGACCAAAAGAGACUUUUCAAACUGUUUGGAAUGGCUAAGAGUGAUAGAGGCCUUAAUCCUAACGGCUGAGGGAUAGGACUAACUGUUAGCAAAAGAUAUGUUGAGAAAUUGGGUGGAGAAAUCAAGCUUAGCUCUGUCUAUCAAAAAGGCACAACUACUAGGUUUAUCAUCCCAUUACCCAAAGAUUUUGAUAUCAGAGGAAAGUCUCAGAAGGAAAGAAGCUCUUGUCACAGCUUUUAUGAGCAAAUUGGAAGCCAAGAAGAACUUAUAAAAAGAGAUAGCAAAGAAGAAAGUAAAGAGCAAAUAAAAAGAGAUAAUGAAGAAAGCCUAGUUCUUCGCACAAAAUCCUCUCGAAAUGAUAUGGGUCAUUGUGAGAAGACUAAAUCCCAAAAGCCAAAUUACUAUUUACCCAAUUUCACUAAUGAAUCAACAGUUGAGUACUUCAACGAACAUAGUGACGAGGAUAGUAUUAACCUGUUUGAUUCAAGAGAGAUUAAGCUAAUCCAGGCAGCCAACGAAUCCAGUUUUGAAUCAAGUUAUCAUAACUAGGCCAU